AUGUCGACCAAGUCCGACCAAGAAUGGCGCGCGGUGCUGAGCCCCGAGCAGUUCCGUGUGCUCCGCCAGAAAGGCACCGAGAUGGCCGGUACUGGCCAGUUUAACAAGCACUACGAGCCCGGCGUGUACACGUGUGCCGGCUGCGAUGCGCCGCUGUACAAGAGUGCGACGAAGUUUGACAGCGGCUGCGGCUGGCCCGCCUUUUUCGAUGCGAUCCCCGGCGCGAUCGACCGCCACGACGAUUUUUCGUUCGGGAUGAAACGCACAGAGAUCACCUGCCACAACUGCAAAGGCCACCUCGGGCACGUCUUUUACGGCGAAGGAUUCCCUACGCCGACGGACGAGCGUCACUGCGUCAACUCGGUGUCGCUGGCCUUCCACGAUGAGGACAAGAAGGUAUAA